AUGAUGGCGAGAACGUUCCGCGAGUUGUUCCGGGGCCGCCUGCCAGACUGGCUGUUGAAUCGCCUCGAGCAGCUCGGUUUCGCGACCCCGACGCUGGUGCAGCGCCAGGCCCUCGAGGUCAUCCUGGGAGAGGAAAAGCACGACGCCGUGCUGCACGCGCAAACAGGCAGCGGCAAGACCCUUGCGUUUCUCCUGCCGCUGCUCGGCCGAGUCGAUCCCUCGCGGGCGGCCGUCCAGGGGCUCGUCGUGGUGCCGACGCGCGAGCUGGGUCUCCAGGUGGCUGGCGUAGCCAAGCGCCUCGCCGCGGGAACGAGCUCGGGCAGGGAUAGCAAGAUCCAGGUUAUGUCCGUGCUCGAAGGGUCCAGCAACAAGCGGCAGCGCGCGUGGGCCUGGGCGGACCCCCCGCACAUCGUCAUCGGCAACCCGGAGAGCCUGACGCGGCUUGUCACGACCGGCGCCGUCCGCGUAAACGCCGUGUCAUACGUGGUCGUGGACGAGGUGGACGCGUGCCUGCUGUCGGAGGGCACCCGUGCAUCGCUGCACGAGCUCCUGGCCCGCAGCCUGUCCCCGACGCACGCUGACGAGGACGAGGGAGAGGACGAGGAGGGGGCGGCGAGACUGGCCGAGGUCGGGGCCGGGAGGGUGACGGGGGCGGCGGCGCCGGUGAACAGGAAGCUGAGGGACAGGCAGACCGUGUUCGCGAGCGCAACCGUGCCGCAGCACAACCACUUCAUCCGGCAGUGCGUCCAGAAACAAUGGACGCUGACCGAGCCGGUUCACGUACAAGUGCACGCCAAGGAGGCCAUGCCGCCGUGCCUGUCCCACUACUACGUCGUGUGCCCGCCGGAGAAAAAGUUAGCGGUCCUGAGGACGGACACGAGGGGGCUCGUGUUCGCGCUGGCCACCAAGCCCCUCGAAGGAAUCGCGGCGUCGCUCGACAAGGCGCUGGGUGGGCGCGGGAGCGGGGGCGGGGGCGGGGGCGAGCGCGGCGGGAGAGAGCAGCAGCAGCAGCAGCAGCAGCAGGCGAAGGGUUGGGAUGAGCAACCGCCACAACCACCAUUGGCGGAGUUUUUGCGACAGGAGCUGGGCUUGAACGCGCGGGCUGACGCCAUGUCGUUAUUCCGCGAGGGCAAGACGCGCCUUCUCGUGUCGACGGAUAUGGCGGCGAGGGGCUUGGACGUGCCGGAGAUUACGCACGUUUUCAACCUUGAUCUGCCGCUGGACGGGGAGGGGUACGUGCACCGAGGGGGGCGCGCCGGGAGGCUAGGCAGGCCGGGCAAGGUAAUCUCGCUCGUGACGCCCCAGCAAGAGUUCGUCAUACGGCGACUGGGAAACGGGAUCGGGGUGGACAUCAAGAAGAUAAACCUGGGGUCCUCGAGGAGGAGACCGAAACGGUAACCCGAGCCUCUGCCUAGCUUGUCUUGCUGGCCUUUUCCUCGCUGCAGAGCCCUUUAGCGAUGGAUCGGCAACGAUUCCUUGGGGCUGAUUGGAUAACCUCGCAGAGAGACUAGGGGAUACUGGAGUUUGCGAAACAACAGCAGCCUGGACCUUCCCAUGUAGUUUUCGUGCUAGUGCUUCCGCGCUGGGGGGUCCUUUUAGUUCUGGAUAAGCAACGGUUCCUUGGGGCUAGUUGGGUAACCUCGCGGAGAGUCGCAAAAGGUACUGGGCUUGGCGAAACAGGGCCCUGCCUAGCUUUCUUGCUGGUGCUUCCGCGCAGGGGAAUUGAAUCAGCAACGGUUCCUUGAGCUAUUAGUAGUGCGGUAAGCUCGCAGACAGACGAAGGGAGACAGAACUGGGUCCAGCGAGGACCCGAAGUGCGACCCCGAGCCUCCUUCUUUCCUCUUCCUCGUUUGCUGAGGAGAGUCCUCCCAGAUUCGGAUCAGCAGGGUGUGCUUACGCUCGGUCGAUAACGAGAGAUAUUUUGCGUUGGAUCAGCAAGGUUUGCUCGGGAUGCUCCUGGUGAGGAAUAAAAGGAGGAACGGUGAUCGGGAGGUGUGCC